GAUCACCAACGCAAAGAGAAGCGCCCUUCCACCUGCAAACCCACACAAUCAACCAACAAACAUCUACCCGGUAUAAGGCAACUUCAAAGGCGCCCUCUCUCUCUCUCUCUCUCUGUGCAAUGGCGGAGGUUACUUUCCUUCACCCUCACGACGGCGACGGCGACGACAGCGACCUCAUCGAUUUUUUUGCCCCCGUCCCCUACUACCAGGACUUCUCCGACACCUUCGCUCCCUUCCACCCCGAUCCCUUCGAUUUCAACCCAGAUGCAAUCCCCGCAGUCGAUCUCUUCGAUCGCGAAAACCAGGUCAACUUCGUCAUGGACCUGUUCCACCAGCGCGUCGAGCAAUCGGGUGUGGUCUCUCCCGAUCCGGGUCCGACCCGUUUGGAGCUAGAUCUAGGGUUAGGGUUUGAUGAUGAUUGUGAUGAGGGGGAUUUUGGAUUUAGGGUUGGGGUUAGGGUUGGGUCUGAUUCAGAAGAGGAUGAUGAGAAUGAGUUUCUUGGGAUGGGAUUGAAUUUAGAGGAUAACAAUGAUAAUAAUAAUGGGUGUGAUGAUGAUAUUAGUCUGCAGCUAUGUUGGGAUUCUUUCCAGUUAGAAGAUAAUAAUAGAGAUGGGGUUGAGGAUUUUGAGUGGGAAGAAGUGGAUGCUAGGGUUGAUGAGAGAGAGGUGUUGAGCAUGUUUGAUGUGGAUGAGGAAUUGGAUGUUUCACCGGUGCCGAGUGUGAUGAUUCCAAAUCAAGAUGAAGAAGAAGAAAUGGGUGUGGAGUUGGCGGGUGCGAUGAGGGGUAAUAAUUUGGAGUGGGAGGUUUUGUUGGAUGUUCACAAUUUGGAAGCCCAUUUGAGUUUAGAACAUGAUGGUGUUGAGAAUCUUGAAUAUUUGGGAGAUCACGACGCUGUGGAGUACGAGAUGUUGUUUGGCCAAUUCGCGGAGAACGAGAACUCGAUGAUUGGGAGGCCUCCUGCUUCGAAAACGGUCGUUGAGAAUCUUGAAUCCGUGGUUGUGACGAAGGAGGACGUGGAAAGUGAUAAUUCACUUUGCGCGGUUUGUAAGGAUGGGAUGACUGUUGGGGAGAAAGCAAAGCAGUUGCCUUGUUCGCACCGGUACCAUGGGGACUGCAUUGUUCCGUGGUUGGGGAUUAGGAAUACGUGCCCUGUCUGUCGCUAUGAGUUGCCAACGGAUGAUCCUGAUUAUGAGAGGAGGAAGAGGACCCAAAGAGCUGGCCGCAGUCAUUGAAGACGGUUGGAUUUGUUUUCCAUGCCUCUGAUGAAGGUGAAUAAUAUCGGUGAUUAAGUGGUUGUGAACAAGUUGUAUACGAGGAGGGAUCAAGUCAUCUUGGAAGUAGAAGCAACUUAGUAGGCUUCAAUGUUCAAUGAAACUAUGAUGGACAGUUGCGGAAAAGAAAAUUCGUAGGCACAUGUUUUGUUUUCAUGGAAGAGUUUAGGAGAAGCAUAUAGAUAUCAACACCUUCUCUCCUUAAUGGAAUGGCUGGAGCCUGGAGGUGACACAUUGAGGAGGAUAAAGCUGCUUAUGCGAGAUAUAUAUAUAUAUAU